CAGCAGGCUGUGCGCGUCCAGUGGACGGAAGUAGCUGUUGGGAGGUUUCCGACGCUUUAAAUUCCUGCGGUGUGGCGGCCGCGGCUUUCGGCUGGAGUCCGGCUUCCCACUCGCAUGGCUGUGGACGUGAAGUCUCGAGCGAAGCGCUAUGAGAAACUGGACUUCCUCGGGGAGGGACAGUUCGCUACGGUCUACAAGGCCAGAGAUAAGAACACCAACCAAAUUGUCGCCAUUAAGAAAAUCAAACUUGGACACAGGUCAGAAGCUAAAGAUGGUAUAAAUAGAACAGCCUUAAGAGAGAUAAAAUUGUUACAGGAGCUAAGUCAUCCCAACAUAAUUGGUCUCCUAGAUGCAUUUGGACAUAAAUCUAACAUUAGCCUUGUCUUUGAUUUCAUGGAAACUGACCUGGAGGUUAUAAUAAAGGAUAGUAGUCUUGUGUUGACACCAUCCCACAUUAAAGCCUACAUGUUGAUGACUCUUCAGGGAUUAGAAUAUUUACAUCAGCAUUGGAUUCUACAUAGGGAUCUGAAACCAAACAACUUGUUGUUAGAUGAGAAUGGAGUUCUGAAGCUGGCAGAUUUUGGCCUGGCUAAAUCAUUUGGAAGUCCCAAUAGGGCUUACACGCAUCAAGUUGUGACCAGAUGGUACCGGGCCCCUGAGUUAUUGUUUGGAGCUAGGAUGUAUGGUGUAGGUGUGGACAUGUGGGCUGUUGGCUGUAUAUUAGCAGAAUUGCUUCUACGGGUUCCUUUUUUGCCUGGAGAUUCAGACCUUGAUCAACUAACAAGAAUAUUUGAAACAUUGGGUACACCAACUGAAGAGCAGUGGCCUGACAUGUGUAGUCUUCCGGAUUAUGUGACGUUUAAGAGUUUCCCUGGGAUCCCACUGCAACACAUCUUCAUUGCAGCAGGAGACGACUUGCUCGAACUCAUCCAGGGCUUGUUCUUGUAUAACCCGUGUACUAGAAUUACAGCUUCACAGGCAUUGAAGACUAAGUACUUCAGUAAUCGUCCAGGGCCAACACCUGGGUGCCAACUUCCAAGACCAAACUGUCCAGCAGAAGCCCUAAAAGAACAGUCAAAUCCAGCCGUGGCAACAAAAAGAAAAAGAGCAGAAGCCUUAGAACAAGGAAUAUUGCCCAAGAAGCUAAUUUUUUAGUUACAGCCAACAAUGGACAGUGCUUCACGCUGAAAGAAAUAAUCCAAAAGGCAAAUAAUGGAAAAAAAUAGGGAGCAUUAAAUGCUGGAGAAGAGAACUUGUAAAUAUUCAACACAUGUAAAAUAUGUAAAAGUAUGGGUUAUUUUUAUUAAAUGUAUUUUAAAAUAAAA